AUGUCGGCUAGAAAGUUAGGGGAGUUACUGGUGGAGUAUGUCAGGCGGCGCGGAGUUCACAUGGACGACGAACAAUAUCAGAACUUUUUAGAGAACGACGUUGUGUCGCUGCUGGAACAAUUUAUGAAGGCCCUGAUGGACGAGAAUUUAGAUGAGUAUGCAACGUACUGCAACAAUGCGUUUUGGGAACAUCCCAGUGACGAUGGGGACAAACACCAACCACAAAGGGAGAUGAAGGAGAUAGGGCAGAGAGCUAGGUGCAGACUUAUGACAGGAGCACUGUAUUUUUUGAACGGGUGGGUACUACCAUUACCUGGCAGUGAACGCAUAUUUCAGCAUGACCCAGCACUCAAGAAGUACAUCGCGUGUGCAAUAGUAAACGUGUUCACUUAUAUAUUGGAUGAAUCCACAUGUGGCACGAAGUGGGGCACAUAUUAUGCGUGGUAUACAAUGAAGAAUAAUAUGGAGGGGCUAGAUGGAAAUGAGGUCGAAGCAGGAACUUGUCAGAAGGGAGUGUUUGAGGAUAUUAAGAGGGGACAAUGGUCAAUGAGUACAAAGAUUGAUGUAUGGUUAAAGAAGGAGAAAAAGACAUUAGAGCAGAUAGGUGCAGGAGACAUAACUGACAGGUGUAAGAAGGAUGUAAGGGAGAAGAAUCCUAUGAGUACAAAAGGGGCACGGGAACAUGCUAACAAUACGCGUGAGGUUAUAGAAAAACAGAUAGAGGACAGAUUAAAACAAGGACUGAAAGGUAUAGUCAGCGAGGUUAAAGAAGGAGUCAAGGACAGAGUGAGAGAAAUAUGGGGCGCAGGGGGAUACAGCGCCAACCCGGAGGACGACAACGAUGACAAUGACGAUGAUGAGGACGUAGACGAAGAUGACAAAGAUGAGGAAGCACAAAAGCAGCAUACGAAUGGUAAGAACAGCAAAGGCAGGAAGUGCUACUAA